CUGCCACGAGGUAUUCGUCAUGGAGCUGCCGCGGCUGCUGGUGCAGCUGCAGCUGCUGCUGGGCCUGAGCUCAGGAGCUGUCAUCAACCGGCCCACAGUGGAGGGCAAGGAAGUGUGGGAUUAUGUGACUGUCCGGAAGGAUGCCCACAUGUUCUGGUGGCUCUACUAUGCCACAAACUCCUGCAAGAACUUCUCAGAACUGCCUCUGGUCAUGUGGCUUCAGGGUGGUCCAGGCGGUUCCAGCACUGGAUUUGGAAACUUCGAGGAGAUCGGGCCCCUUGAUAGUGACCUCAGACCACGGAGAACCACCUGGCUGCAGUCUGCCAGUUUACUCUUCGUGGACAACCCUGUGGGCACUGGCUACAGUUAUGUGAACAAGAGUGAUGCAUAUGCCAAAGACCUUGCCAUGGUGGCAUCAGACAUGAUGGUUCUCCUGAAGACGUUCUUUGAUUGCCACAAGGAGUUCCUGACAAUUCCAUUCUACAUUUUCUCAGAGUCCUAUGGAGGAAAAAUGGCUGCUGGCAUUGGCCUAGAACUUCACAAGGCCAUUCAGCAAGGGACCAUCCAGUGCAACUUUGCUGGGGUUGCUUUGGGUGACUCCUGGAUCUCCCCUGUUGAUUCGGUGCUUUCCUGGGGACCCUACCUGUACAGCAUGUCUCUUCUCGAUGACAAAGGUCUAGAAGAGGUGUCUCAAGUUGCAGAGCAAGUCCUGGAUGCUGUAAAUAAGGGACGCUACAAAGAGGCCACAGCACUGUGGGGGAAAGCAGAAAACCUCAUUGAACAGAACACUGAUGGGGUGAACUUCUACAACAUCUUAACAAAAGACACUCCCAUGUCAGCAAUGAAGUCGAGUCUAGAAUUCACCCAGAGCCACUUAGUUCAUCUUUGCCAGCGCCACAUAAGACGCCUGCACCGAGACACCUUAAGUCAGCUCAUGAAUGGCCCCAUCCGAAAGAAGCUCAAAAUCAUACCUGAGGACUGCUCCUGGGGAGCCCAGGCCACCAGCGUCUUUGUGAACAUGCAGGGGGACUUCAUGAAGCCUGUCAUCAACAUCGUGGAUGAGUUGCUGGAAGCCGGCGUCAAUGUGACUGUGUAUAAUGGACAGCUCGAUCUCAUUGUGGACACUAUGGGUCAGGAAGCCUGGGUGCGGAAACUGAAGUGGGCAGAACUGCCCAAAUUCACUCAGCUGAAGUGGAAGGCCCUGUACAGUGACCCCGAAUCUUCAGAAACAUCUGCUUUUGUCAAGUCACAUAAGAAUCUGGCUUUCUACUGGAUUCUCAAAGCUGGGCACAUGGUUCCUUCUGACCAAGGGGACAUGGCUCUGAAGAUGAUGAGGCUGGUGACUCAUCAAGAAUAGGGUGGCUGGGCCGGAGCUGAGCCAGAGGGGCCUCGGGGCCAAGGCACUGCGUGAGUGCCGGAAGCUGUGGGCACCGUCUCCCCUUGCACUGGCUUGGGCUGUGAUUGUGACGCUUCCUGCUAGCUUCCUUGGAGAAGGAGCUCAUAGUCUCUGUGGCCACUUGGAAAUCCUUUCAGCCUCUGACAGACCUAAGAUUUUUUUUUAAUGGCUUUGUUUUCAUCAAAAUGAAGGGUUGAAAUAGAUUUAUUUUAUCUUACUACAAAAUCAGAUUAUGUGAUUUGUAGAAAACAAGGGACACGAGAAAAUAAAAAUAAACAACCACAUCUCCCUCCCCAGAGAUAAACACUGUUACCUCUUUAGUGCAUAUCCCCACAAAUUUUUCUUUGCAACAUAUACAGAUCUUUGGCCCCUGAGGGGGUCACGUUCCAAGAAACUCCAAUGUAAGCUGAAAAUGCUUUUAGUAUAUCUAACCAACCAAACACUGUAACAGCCUCAUCGGCCUUCAACAGGCUCAGGAUACUUACAUUAGCCUACAGUUAACCAGAAUCAUCUAACAUAAAGCCUAUUACAUCACGAGACAGAGUAGCUUAAUAAUUUACUGACUUGUACAAAGAAUGAGAAACAGUGGUGGGGUGGGUUCUUGCUAUUUACACACACAGCUGGGUGUGGGCUGGGCCUGAGAGUGUUGGAACUAAAAUGAAAGGCUGAAUGAUGGGGAGGCCACAGCAACAGUGACAUCAGUUUCUCGCUUCUGAUGACUCUCAAGACUAACUAGCAGCAGAACCUGGAGUAUUGGUUCACUGGCGAUGGCUUGGCUGCUGGGGUCUGCAGCUCACUGCCACUGCCCAGCACCAGGAGACGAGUCAAUCUACUCGUCACUGUCCCAGGAAAAGGUCAAAAUCCAAAGUGCGGGUUGUCCUGAGAGCAUAUAGCUUUCAAACCAUUGUAAAACCAAGAAUUGUAAACAUAUAUAUUUUUUAUAAAAAUGAAUUCAUCACUAUGUAAUUUCACUACCUACUUUGUUCACACAUCAAUCUGUCCUAAACUGUUCAUGUCAAUAAAGAGUUUUCUGUAACAUUUUUAAUGAUGGUUGAGCAUUCCAUUUUAUGGAGAUACCUUAUCUCACCUACCACAUGCCCAGUUGUUAUCUGUAAGCAACUUCUAGUUUGUUACCUUUGUCAAUGGUGCUCUGGUAUUCUGGUAUCUUGAUUGUUACAUUUUCAUGUACAUCCUUAAUUUGUUUACACUAAGUUGCUAAAAG